UUAAUUACGCUUUUCCUUCAUACAAUUAUUAAUUACUCUUUUAUUGUGUACUAAUUAAUGAAAGUACUACACAUUUCAUCAUAGCAAUUAUUAUAAUUAAAAAGUUUUAUUAUGCUCUUGUCAAAGUCCUGCGUUUAUCGAGUACACGCUAUAUUAAACGUUACUGUCUGUUUCUAAGAUCUAAUGUUUUACAUAAAGAGCACGUUCAUAUGUAUUCAAAAGACGAGACAGUGCACGGGCAAUUACAUUUAGCAGUAAAUAUGAAAUGAGAUUACUUGGAAUGACAUAUGCGGGUUAUACAGAGCGUUACAGAUUUAAUGGACCAUGUAAAGUUGUAACAAACUUGCUGACUCUAAUGCUCCAAUCUGGAGUUGCUUGUUUCUCUCAACGUAAUUCAAUGCAUAUUCAUGUUUUUUUUAUAUUAAUACGAGAAAAAGUCAAAUGUGUAUAAUGAUUGUUUGGAAACAAAAUAAAAAUGAUCUGUAUAUAUAAGAUUGGUUACAUCUGGGAUGCCCUAUACAUACUAGCACAUGGCUAUCGUGGCUGGUACGAUGCGUCACACAUAUGAUAGUAUGUGUGUGUACGCUGAUAUAUGAUAACAUGGGGUUACCAAUGAUGCGUGGAACGAUGCGAUGAAUGACAGAAGUUCGUCGACGCGCAUUUAAGACCGUAACGCACAAUUACGGGUUGUUUUUCUCCCACAAUGGGUAAUUGCAUCAGGAGCGUGUUGAAGAGGCUGCGAAGAAAUCGCGGCGCAGAAAAAACCAUUAUUUUACUUAUUGUGGGACUGGACAAUGCUGGAAAGUCCUUGAUACUGAAUCACAUUAGUGGUGAUCCAGAUCAAAAUGUACUGCCUACAAUGGGAUUCCGAACGGUAUCCUUAAAGCAUAAAUCAUAUUCGGUGAAAAUAUAUGAUCUUGGUGGCAGUUCUCAGAUUAGAGCAUUGUGGCCUAAAUAUUACAAUGAUAUACAUGGUCUUAUAUACGUGGUGGAUGCUAGUGAUAUUUCUCGUCUUGCAGAAAAUAAAGUCGUGUUUAAUGAAUUAAUCACACAUGAGCAUAUUGCAUCGAAACCAUUAUUGUUACUUGCCAACAAACAGGACUUAAAUGGAGCUAUCGACGAGCUAGACCUGGUUGAAAACCUGGAUGUUGAGCAUGCAGCCAAUGCUAUGAAAUGUCCGACAAGAGUAGAAACAUGUACCUGCAUUUAUGACAAGGAACAAUCAAAGAAUAGUACUAUGGGUAUAAAAAAUGGAUACAAGUGGUUGUUAGAUACCAUAAUAAAGAAUUAUACUGCUCUAAAUAGCAGAACCAAGCAAUUGCAAAAUUACCAACGUGUAAAUAUUCAGGCACCACAGUCUGUUGCAUCUAAUACACCGUCAAGAAUGUCUAUACACUCUAAUCCUUUUAAACCUAUUAGAGAUCUUUUGGCAACAAAGGAUGAAGCUUUAAUAAGUGAACCACGCAAUGGUACUAUCGAAGGAAAAAGCAUUAUAAAAGCAUUUGUACGGAGAAAUAAGACUGCCCCUCUUCCAAUCGAGCAAUCAACCAUUGAAUGCGAAAGUCUUUCACAGAAUCUUACGCCUAACAAAGAAACCUCCGCCGGGGAGAAAAGCACACAAACCAUGACAACAAUAUUAGAUCCCUUAAAUUUAAACAUCGAUCAUAGUGAAAGUUAUGUAAAUUCGAAACUAAUCCGUCCGUAUACAGCGCCAGAAAGAUCACAACGCUUACCGAAUAAAAUGACGAUAUUUAAUAUUCCUGGACAAGUGCUUCAAUGACAGAAUCUGUGUAAAUUUUAUACUUCAUUAAGCUAAAGGGACCAUAUAUAUAUGUAUUACAGAGUUAAAAAUGUGAAUGUAAAGCUGUACUCGCGGCUAUAAAAAGAGAGACUAUAAAUUAUAUUAUUGUAAGAAAUAUUGUAACAUUGUUUAAUAUCAUGAACACUGCUAUUUUCAGCAUUACUUAAUUACAUUAAUAUCUUUUGUAUAAAAAUACUUUGUACUGUUAAACUACUAUUUUUAAACUCGAGAAAGUACAAAAAUAAUUUUAGUUUUGUGAAUAAUAUAGAAAUUUGUAAACUCAUAGCAUAUAUGUAAUAUAAUCCAACGAAAGAUACGUGCAUA